ACGGGCACGGGCGCGGCGCGGCUCCGGAUCCCCCCCACAGAACCGCGCACCGUCCGGCCGGUGGGCGCGGCGUGACGUCAGCACGGUGACGUAACACCAGCCCUCCGCUUCCCCGGCUCGGGGGGGCGGCGGCGGCGGCGAAACCCCCUCGGAACCCCCAACCCCCACCGAGACCCCGCCCCAACAUGGCGGCGACGGCGGGGGGCGGGGCCUCGCCGGGGGGCGGGGUCGGGGCCGCGCUGGAGGAGGAGUGCGAGGUUGUGCGCGUGCGCGUCAAGAAGAACGAGGGGCAGCAGCCGCCCGAGUUCCGCUCGUUUGCCGUGGACCCACAGAUCACCUCGCUGGACGUGCUGCAGCACAUCCUGGCCCGGGCCUUUGACCUGCAGGGGAAGAAAAGCUUCGUUCUGAGCUUUGCGGCGCGGGACGGGCAGGGCCAGGACACCUUUGUGCCUCUGCUGAGCGAUGGUGACCUGGCCAACGCCUUCAACUGUGCCCGGCCCACGCUGAGGCUGCGCCUGGAUGUGAGGAACCCCCCUGACAGCCCGCUGCUGGAGGACUGGGACAUCAUCAGCCCGCGCGAGGUGGCGGCGGCCGAGCCGGUCCCCGAGCGCCGCUCGCUGCUGGCGGCGGCCCUGCCUUUCACCCAGGCUCUGCUGGCACAGGUGGGCCGGACGCUGGCACGGGCACAGGCUGCCCUGGCGUGGCCCGAGGGGACCCCGGCCGUGUCCCCGCCCCCUCCCCCGCCCCCGCCCUGCGCCCCCCUGAGCGACGCCGACCUGAGGUUGUACCUGGGCCCAGGUGGGCGCCUGCUGCGGCCCCAGGACCUGCGGCUGCACGUCUUCCACGGCGGCGUCGAGCCCGGCCUGCGCAAGGUGGUGUGGCGUUACCUGCUGAACGUGUUCCCCACCGGCCUCACGGGCCAGGAGCGCCUGUCCCACCUGCGCCUCAAGGCAGCCGAGUACUCCUCGCUGAAGGUGGCGCUGGCCGCCCGCGCCGCGCCGGCCGAGCUGGCGCAGGUGGCGGCGGCCGUGCGCAAGGACGUGGUGCGCACCGACCGCGCGCACCCGUACUUCGGCGGCCCCGAGGAGGGCCACCCUCACCUGGCGGCGCUGCAGGCGCUGCUCACCACCUUCGCGCUGGGCCACCCGCGCCUCUCCUACUGCCAGGGCAUGUCGGACGUGGCGGCGCCGCUGCUGGCCGUGCUGGACGACGAGGCGCAGGCCUUCCUGUGCUUCUGCUCGCUGAUGCGCCGCCUGGCGCCGCGCUUCCGCCCCGGCGGCCGCGGGCUGGCGCGGGCCUUUGGCCACCUGCGCCGGCUGCUGCGCCGCGCCGACCCGCAGUUCUGGGCCUUCCUGGCGGCGCGCGGCGCCCACGACCUCCUCUUCUGCUACCGCUGGCUGCUGCUGGAGCUCAAGCGCGAGUUCGCCUUCGAGGACGCGCUCAAGGUGCUGGAGAUCACCUGGAGCUCGCUGCCGCCGGCGCCGCCGCCGCCCCCCGAGGGGGUCCCGCUGCUCGGAGCCCCCCUGGGAGCUCGCAGGGCCGGGCGGGCCUCCUGCGAUGUCCCAGAGGGUCCAACAAGCUCCAGUGACAUCCCAGGAGGUCUCAAGAGCUCCAGUGAUGGCCCAGAGGGUCCUACAAGUUCCAGUGAUGAUCCAGGUGGUCCCAAGAGCUCCAGUGAUGUCCUCAAUGGUCCCACGAGCUCCAGCGAUGGCCCAGAAGGUCCCACAAGCUCCAGUGGUAGCCCUGGGGGUCUCAAGACUUCCAGUGAUAGCCCAGAGGGUCCCAAGAGCUCCAGAGAUGUCCCCAGCAGUCCCAAGAUCUCCAGCGAGGUCUUUGAGAGCCCCAAGAGCUUCAGUGAUGUUCUAGAAGGUUCCAAGGUCAUCCAGAAGAGUCCCAAGAGCUCCAGCGAUGUCCCCGACGGUCCCAGGGACAGCCUGGAGAGUCCCAAGAGCUUUAAGAACAUUCAGGAAGGUCUUGAGAGCUCCAGCGAUGUCCCUAAAGGUCACAAAAGCUCCAGAGAUGUCCACAAAGGUCACAAGAGCUCCAGAGAUGUCCCCAAAGGUCACAAGAGCUCCAGGAAGGUCCAGGGGAGACCUCCCAGGGGUGCUGGAGGAGCCCCCGAGGGCUCCAAGGACUCGGAGCCAGGUGGCCCCAGGAAGGUGGAGGAAGGCACCGACGCCCUGGAGAUGGAGCAGAGACCCCACAGCCUCUGCUGGGGGGCUGCAGAAGACCCCAAAAAAGGACAGGGUGGCCCCAGAGAGGGACACGACGCAAGAGAAGGACGAGGUGACCUCAGGAAAGGACGAGGUGACCCCAGAGAGGGAUUUGGUGACCCCAAAGAGGGACCGGAUGACCCAAGAGAAGGAGGAGAUGACUCUGAGAUGAAUCAUGAUGGCCUCAAAGUUCAUGAUGAUCUCAGAGAAGGACACAGCUUUGGAGAAGACCACAACAGCCCCAAGGAUGACCGCUGUGACCACCAUGAUGACCACAAGGAUGGCCACCAUGACCCCAGGGAUGACCACCUCAUGGAUGGCCUCAAGGAUGGCCAUGAUGACCGCAAGGAAGGACAUGAUGACCCCAGACAUGGCCACUGUGACCCCAGGGAUGGCCGUGAUGACCUCAAGGAAGGACGUGAUGAUCUCAGACAUGGUCACGAUGACCCCAAGGAAGGACGUGCUGACCCCAGACAUGACCACCACGACCCCAAGGACAACCACGACGACCUCAGGCACGGCCGCCACCACCCCAAGGACGAACACCACCACACCAACCACGUCCACCACGACCUCACCGACGCCCACCGCCCCCCCAGAACCGCCCGCCACAACCCCACCACCCCCGACGACCCUUGGGGCGGCCGCUGGGCUUGGGAAGACCCUUCCUCCUCUUCAUCCUCCUCGUGCUCCUCGUGUUCCUCCUCCUCCUCCUCCUCGGACGAGGAGGUGACGGUGGAGGACGACGGCGCGCCGCUGCCGCCUCCGGAAGAGCUGGGCCAGGGGAACCCGUUCCUGCUCUUCGUGUGCCUGGCCAUGCUGCUGGAGCAGCGCGAGGCCGUGAUGGCGCGCGGCGGCGACUACAACGAGGUGGCCAUGCACUUCGACCGCCUGGUGCGCCGCCACCACCUGCCGCGCGUCCUGCGCCGCGCCAAGGCGCUCUUCGCCAGGUACCUCGAGGGCUGGGGGGCCACCGCGCCGGGGGGACCUCCGGCGGGACCGCCCUCGGGGUAA